CAAAAUGACAGCUAAUCGUGUUUUUUCAUUCAACUAAAAGCUAAACUUUAUUAAUCUAUAAUUUAUUUAUUUUCUACCCAAUUUCAUUUAAUUAUUCGUGUAAAAGGGUUUCUCGUUAAAUUGAAAAAGUAAUAAGCAAUAUUCUUUACAAUACAAAAUAGAAGUCUUGAAGGUCUUGCACCUUGCCCAAGAAGAGUUUUGCAGACAAUAGUGGUUUCUGGCACGAUAAACUGAAGGUAGAGGUUUGUGAAGUAAAGUUCCGAGUUGCCUUGGUAAAAAUCUACGUUCAAAGAAUGCAGUUGACUGCAAAUGAAGUCCAUUGUGUUGUCUGAAUCUGCACAAUAUGAAAAUAAAUUAUAAUCGAAUACCUAUAACAUCAAAAAAUUAACUUCGAAUAUUGAUAUUUUUGCCUUUGAAUUCAGUUUAUACACAUAAUACUUCAAAACAAUUAACAAAAGAAAAUACCUAUAACAGUAUAAAAUGUGGCAACAUCAUAUUAAGGAUGAAUCUUGCCUUUUCUAUCCUCCAAGCAACCCGAUCGAAAACUCAGGACUAAUGGACCAACAUAGUCGCGAAUUACACAGUGCGUUAGUGGCUACUAUAAAUAAUAGUGUUGCAAUUGCACCUGGACCCAUCGCUCCAGGUGCAAUUGCCAAUACACAGUUACAAGCUAAAAAUUUGAGUUGUUUACCAGUACAGCAGCAGACGCAAGUUCUACAGCAACAAAAUACUCUCAAUGAAGCCAUAAAUUUGAACAGCUCUUCGAAAUCGACAUCGUCGGGUAGAUCAACACCAACCAACAAUGCCACAGAUCCAGCACCUGGAAAACUUUUUGUCGGUGGCCUCAGUUGGCAAACAUCUUCGGAGAAAUUAAAAGAAUACUUUAAUAUGUUUGGAACAGUGACAGAUGUUCUUAUUAUGAAGGAUCCUGUUACGCAGAGAAGUCGUGGAUUUGGUUUUAUAACAUUUCAGAAACCAAACAGCGUUGAUAAAGUUCUUAAGGUGCCAAUUCAUACACUCGAUGGCAAAAAAAUUGAUCCCAAGCACGCAACUCCCAAAAAUCGGCCACGACAAGCCAACAAAACGAAGAAAAUAUUUGUCGGUGGUGUUUCACAAGAAACUUCAGCUGAAGAAGUUAAAGCAUAUUUCGGUCAAUUUGGUACUGUUGAAGAAACAGUGAUGUUAAUGGAUCAACAAACUAAGCGUCAUCGAGGAUUUGGAUUUGUGACAUUCGAAAACGAGGAUGUUGUUGACCGUGUUUGCGAGAUUCACUUCCAUACAAUAAAAAAUAAGAAAGUGGAAUGCAAGAAGGCUCAACCAAAAGAAGCAGUAACAUCGACCCAACAAUUGUUGCAGAAACGUUUAAUGUUCAGUACAUUAGGUGUCCGAUUGCCAACUGCACCUGGUCAAUUAGUAAGAGGGCCUGGCACUGCCCCAUCAGUUACGGCAGUCAAUCCAUUGGCUUUGCUACAAUCACAACAAGCUGCUCAAGCGCAUGCUGCGCAAGCAGCUAUGAUGCAUAAUCAUUUUACGGUACAAAACACAGCUGCUAAUCCGGGCUAUGGAAAAUUUGUAGCAACAUAUCCCCAAGCAGCACUUCACAGUAUUAGAUACGCUCCAUAUCCCAUUCCCGCUGGUGCUGCUGUAGCAGUCGCAGCUGCCCAACAACAUCACCAUCAACAACAACAACAACAGAAUCCAACCACUCAGCAUUCGACUGCCAAUCAAGCAUGGGGUCAUGCGGCAGUAGCUGCCAAUAAUGCCGCACACGCAGCAAACUCAGCAGCGCACGUUGCCGCUGUCCAACAAGCAGCUCUUGCAGCAUCAAAUCCCAAAAAUGCUCAUGCAGCAGCUGCCGCAGCAGCUACUGGAAAUCCAUAUCAAGCCUAUGCUUUAGCCAAUGUUGACAUGUCAAGCUUCCAAGGCGUUGAUUGGGGAUCAGUAUACGGUAUGGGGAUGUAUGUUUAGAAGUACGGACCAAGUUGUUUAAAUUUAGUUUGUAUACUCAUAAUUUACAUUUUUAAUGUUUUGUUUUACUUGCCUGAAUUGAAAUUAAAAAAGACAGAGAAAUGGGUGAUUCUCUGAGACUUACAAGAAUUUAUAUUAAUAAUAAUCAUCAUAUAAAUACACAUCCACACAUUUCUUAAAUUAAGUAUUAAAAAAAAAAUAAAUGAAGUUUAAACUAAAUUAUUUUUUAAAUCAGUAGAAAAUAAUAAUGAACAGCAAGCAAAACAAAAUAUCAAAACCACCGAUUCACUGCGAAAGAAUUAAAAUUUAAUUUCGAAUACGUUGAUAGAAGUGAAUACGAAAUUGUUUACAUUUUUUCCUUAAUAUAAAAAUAACAAUUAUCACUUUUAAAAGUACUUAAUUAUUAGAAGUCAUAAACAACAUUCAGUAUUUACUUUAGAAACUAUAUCUUUCAAACAUUCUAAACCAUAGAUUAUAACACAAUAUAUACUAGAAUAAGAAUUUUAGAUUAUAUAUAUUGGUGUCGUGUUUUUGAAAAUUGUUAAGUGUUUAUACAAAUAUUUCUAUAACUAAACAAACUUAAUAAUUGAUUCGACAGCAUGCAAACAAUUACUUUUGUUUUUCAUCAUGUUUUCUUUUUUUCUUGAACUUAUUGUAUCUCUAAUAAAAACCUAGUUUAAGAAACAUUUAUAUUAUGACAUGAAUUAAGGACAAUACAAAAAUAAAUAAUAUUAAACAUUUUACUUCCUUCAAAAA